AACAUUGUCCGUUUGGCGCGCUCAGGGAAGAGCUGAUCCGAGAUCGGAUUGUAGUGGGAAUAAGAAAUAUAUCACUUUCUGAAAAGUUACAGUUGGAUUCCCAGCUUACUUUGUCCAAAGCUGUAAACCAGGUUAGGCAGAGUGAGACAGUAAAAAGACUCCUUGCAGAGCGAAGAGAGUGAGGAAAUAAAUGCAUUUUCAUACGCUAAAAACAGAGGGGAACACAGAACAGAGACAGACGUGGAGAAAACAAUCACAGACAGCACCAGUAACUAGUUCUAGUGUUUGUCGCAAAUGUGGGAAAUCCCCUUAACACAUUUGGAAAGAUUGCCCAGCAAAGGAUGCAGAAUGCAGGAAAUGUCACAGGAGAGGACACUUUUCAGCUGUCUGUCGAUUAAAGCAAAUGCAUGAGGUCUCAGAGGAGGUACAGCAGGACAGCAUCUUUCUGGGAGAAGUAAGGGAAAACAAGUCUGGCUGGCAUUCAGACAUUAAACUCAAUGGGGAGGUUGUGUCAUUUAAACUAGACACUGGGGCAGCAGUGACAGCUAUCCCAACUAGGCUGUGUAGCUAUACCGGAGAUGGCCCUUUUACCAGUGGUAGGGCAGUUGGUGAUUAGACUGGAGAGUAAAGACAAAAGUGCCAUCCAGCCUGUCUUCGUCAUUGACUCUCUGGCCAGACCGUUGCUGGGGCUGCCAGCAAUUGAAGCAUUGCAACUCAUUGAGAGAGUGAGCGAACUGGAGGACCCAGGUGAGGUUUUCAAAAAGAAAUUCCCACAAGUGUUUUCUGGUCUAGGAAGGAUAGAAGGUGACUACAAAAUCUGAGUACUCAGAUUGCCAAAUUGGUGGCCCAGUGUGAGGUCUGUACAAAAUGUCAACCUUGUCACCCGGAGCCAAUGAUGACAACGGAGCUGCCAAAACGGCCAUGGCAAAAGGGAAGGGGUCGCUGAGGUCCUGGUUACAGACAACGCUCCCCAGUUCUCUGCAAGCUCCUUUUCUGUUUAUGCUGCAGAAUAUGACUUCACACAUGUGACCAGUAGCUCCUACCAUGCACAGAGUUAUGGUGAGGCAGAGAUAGCUGUGAAAACAGUCAAGGGACUGCUGAAAAAGAACAAGGAUCCAUACAGGGCUCUGUUAGCUUACAGAGUUAUACCACUGCAUCAUGGGCCGUCGCCUGCCGAGCUCCUAAUGGGCAGGAGGCUGCGUUCCCCAUUGCCUGUCUCGCCGGCUCAGCUUAAACCCCGAUGGCCUAACAGGAAGCCCUUCGCUGAGAGGGACAAAAGGCUGAAACAAACACAAACUGGAGACUUUAAUCGGAGACACCAUGCUACGGAGAGGCCAGAGCUGACCGAAGGUCAACGUGUGUGGAUUACAAACUCAAAGACACCAGCAAUAGUGCGGAGGAAAGCGGAUGCCCCACGCUCCUAUGUGGUGGACACAGGCUCAGAAGAGGUACGGAGGAACAAAACACACCUCAGAGCUCUUCCAGAUCUACCAGCCACACAGACUGAUGCCACAGAAAAUGCACAAAAAGAGGGGGAAGGAGAGAGAACGCUCACAGAGCCACAAGCGCGCCCAAAAAGGGAUGUGAAGCCACCAGAGUGGCCGAAAGACUAUGUUACGUGAAGAGAAAACAUACUGUUGGGGACCAUACCCAGCAAAAAGAGACUGUACCUAAGUUAAUGUUCAUACUGUGUGAUUUAAUGCUUUCAUACUGUUUCAGGAUGUGAAGUAGCAUGUUAGAGAAUAAUACUGGUUUCCAAAUUGCAUUUCAGUUAUGCUUCAGUGGUUAUGCAUGUUGAGUUCUUGUUCAUGGGAGAGGGGAAGAUGUAGUAGGAUGUCCCGAGGGGGUAUCCGUACCUAUGUAUGACAUGCGAAGGUUAGGUUAGUAAACAUGCUGGAGCUAGAACCUCGUUGUCGUGCGUCCUUAUUUUAGAUAAUACUACAGUCAACACUGCACUAGGACUGUCGUCCAAAACGGGUGUUAGUUGCAGAAGUAAUAAAUAAAGAAUACAAGUUGGAUUGGGAGAACGUGAUGAAAGAUGUGAUAAACAGAUAAUUGCAAGAGGGAACAAUGUCCAUGUCAAUCAAGCAUAUUUGUAACAAAGUCAAAGUUCACUGCCUGCCAUAAACAGCCGGUGGACACGUAUACACACUCCCUGAAAACGUUUCACAUUACAGGGUCAGGAACAUAGUUUGUUCAUGUAGACUCGAGCUGCUCUCUGGUAGAUUUAACAGCAAGACCCUAUUGACAUUGCCUGUGAUUUUGAGCAGUAGGCCUCUCUACCAGCCAGAGGACACCAAAUUCCAGGAGGACACAAAAGUACGAAAAUAUGCCUCCAAGUUUGACAGCUGCGCUGCAAGAGUGGGAAAGUCUAGAGAAAGAGUAUCAUCAGACUCAGGAGAGCCACCGGCUAUACUUGCAGAAACUAGAUGAAGUUUCCAAGCUGCAGAGUAAUUGCUCUUCGUCUAUCGCCCGCCAGCGGAGUAGACUGAAGGACAUGUCUCAGUUAAUGAAGAAAUGCAAUAAGGAGAGACUGACAGAGGAGGAUGUAAAAACCUUGGAUGAAAUCAAGGAGCACAUCAAGGCAAGACCCAACACUUUCUUUGAAAUGGAGGCUUUCCUUCCAAAGAAAAAUGGGCUGUAUCUCAAUCUUGUUCUGGGCAAUGUAAGCGUGACUCUUCUGAGCAAACAGUCAAAAUUUGCCUACAAAGAUGAAUAUGAGAAAUUCAAGCUGUACCUCACAGUUAUACUGAUCCUAUUCGCCUUCAUGUGUUAUUUCUUUGUGAGCUACAGAUUUGUUGAUGCAAUCCUCAAUUUCUUGCUGGUGUGGUACUACUGCACCCUCACUGUACGGGAGAGCAUCCUCAUCAGCAACGGGUCCAGGAUCAAAGGCUGGUGGGUUUUCCACCAUUACGUCUCAGCCUUUCUGUCUGGAGUCAUGCUGACAUGGCCUGAUGGAUACCUGUACCAGAAUUUCAGGAACCAAUUCCUCGCCUUCUCUUUGUAUCAAAGCAUGGUUCACUGUAUGCAGUACUACUAUCAGAGCGGCUGUCUGUACAGACUAAGAACCCUGGGAGAAAGACACAACAUGGACCUGACUGUGGAAGGAUUUCAGUCCUGGAUGUGGCAAGGGCUGACAUUUCUUCUGCCCUUCCUGUUUUUUGGUCAUUUUUGGCAACUCUACAACGGUCUCUCUCUGUUCAGGAUGGCUCGGCUCCCAGACUGUAAAGAGUGGCAGGUCUCAAUGUGUGGAAUCUCUUUCCUCAUUCUGUUCAUGGGCAACUUCCUCACUACUGUUGCAGUAGUCCGCACCAAGCUCAAGCUCAAGAGCAAGGACCAGGCAAAACCCAAGGGUCAGUGAGAUGAAGAGGAUACACAGAAACUGCAUCCACUGGUUCAUCCCAUAGGAGCAUCUCCGGAUCAUUUCUAUAAUCAUGGCUCAUUUACUAGUGAUAGACGAUCAUGGGCAGUAUUCAAUGAUCCUCUACUUUGGUUGCUUUGGGGUUGCUACUGUUUGUUAAUUGGUUAAAUAUGAAGAUAGUUUCUGCUCAAUAUACUAAUGGCACAGCAUUUCAGCAUGUUUAUGGUGUGACUUAGACAUUUUAGAAAAAUUUCUACUAAAUGAAAAGGAUAGCAGAAUAGUCACAGUGUGAUUGUGCAAUAACAUGGCCUCUUAUUUCUAAAAUAAUAAAUUAUAUACUGUGGACCUA